CUCGGUGUCCGAGGGCGGAGGCGUCUGAGAGGAGCGGCGCUUUCCAGCCAGCGCCGGCUUUUGCGGUGUCUCCUGUAAGCCAGGUUGUUUUUUUUUUUUUUUUCCUUUCUUUCUUUAUUAUUAAGAAACUUGCUGUGAGUGAGAUGGUUGAGGCCAAUGCAGGUCGAAAAAUAAUCGGAAAGCACAGGCAGACAGAAGAAGCCAGAACCACGGGUGGAAUGUUCGGGAAUUAUAAGCCCUCUGGCGUCUGCAGCGGAGGGACAGACUGUGGUCUGAAUCGCAACUCCCCGAGUGAAAUUGAAAAUCCAGCCAUUCUGACUGCCUGUUACCAUCUGCUUGUUCCUUUUCUGAACACCGACGAAAGGCCUUGGGGAAGAUUGACCCUUCAAGGAAUAAUCCAGCUUCUCCAGGGGAAAAUAACUACUUGACCAGAAUACGCUUUAGCAACAAAAGGAUCUCCACCUGCCCUCUAAAACUGUUUGGAGCAGGACUAAACAAUGUCUGAAUAUAACGGAUUAUAAUUUCUACAGUAUGUGAACACUUGCUGAUCAAAUUGCUGAAGGGCUGUGUGUUUGUAGUUGAGGUUUUCUUCUGCAGUUUUACUUUUAGUUUAGUUUUGUUUUGCAAGAACAAAAGAGGAAGGGCCGCCUAACCAGCCCGCGAGACGAUUCCGGCAAGCCUGGAGUUUCCUGAGGUUCACAGCUGCUGACUUCAGCCGGCAGGCGCCGAAGUGCAUGUUACUGCCGCUGCUGCAAACUGGGUUUUUCCUCUUCCUGUAGUUUGUAGUUUAGAAGAACUGCACAUCGGGGACUCCUCCAGCUCCUCCAGACCCGGCCCCGUCUGGCUCUCUCUCAGGGUCCUGCAAGAACCUGUGAGAAGUGGGUCUGUGAGUGUUUUCGUGUGUGUUUAUUCCCUCGCUGAAGAGUGUGUAUGUGAGUGGUGUGUGUGUGAGAGAGAGGACUCAAGAGAGGGAAGAAAGACUGAUCGAUUCUUCGGCCUCAACUUCUGCAUCCCGUAGUCGGCAGCUCUGUCCCCAGGCUGGUGUGUCCUGGCGCAGAGCUCCGGGAUGAAGUCUCCCUGGAAAAUCCUUAUGGCUGCUCCUGUGUUCUUUCUUCUGAACCUUCACACCUCAGCCUCCCCAGCCUAUGAUGACCACCCCAGCAGACACUCCAAAAGCCAUGCCUGUAUAGGGUGUGUGCUGGUGGUAUCUGUGAUUGAACAGCUUGCUCAAGUUCACAACUCAACGGUCCAGACCUCGAUGGAGAGACUGUGCAGCUACAUGCCUGAAAAAUUGUUCUUGAAGACCACCUGCUAUUUAGUGGUACACAUAUUUGGACCAGACAUCAUAAAACUGCUUAGCGCAGAUAUGAAUGCCGAUGUUGUGUGUCACACCCUGGAGUUUUGUAAACAGGACCCUGGCCAGCCGUUUUGUCACCUCUAUCCCCUUCCCAAGGAGCCAUGGAAAUUUACACUAGAGACAGCAAGACAGAUUGUCAAGAAAUCCCCAACUCUGACAUAUUCCCGAAGUGGUUCUGAUAUUUGUUCACUCCCGUUUUUGGCCAAGAUCUGUCAGAAGAUUAAAUCAGCUAUACAAAAUUCUGUGCCAUCCCAAGAUGUAGAUUCAGACAAAUACAGUGUUUUCCCAACACUGCGGGGCUAUCACUGGCGAGGGAGAGACUGUAACGACAGAGACAAGACAGUGUACCCGGGUAGAAGGCCAGACAAUUGGGAUGCACAUCAGGAUUCCAACUGUAAUGGCAUUUGGGGUGUUGAUCCAAAAGAUGGAAUUCCAUAUGAGAAGAAAUUCUGUGAAGGUUCACAGCCCAGGGGAAUCAUUUUGCUGGGAGACUCGGCUGGGGCUCAUUUUCAUAUCGCUCCCGAAUGGAUCACAGCUUCGCAGAUGUCUUUGAAAUCCUUCUUCAAUUUACCAACAGCUCUUACGGAUGAGCUCAACUGGCCCCAACUCUCUGGUGCUACUGGAUUUCUGAACUCCACUCGUGGAAUUAAAGAAGACUCUAUUUACCUUCGUUUAUGGAAAAGAAACCACUGCAAUCACAGGGACUACCAGAAUAUUUCCAGAAAUGGGGCAUCUUCCCAAAACCUGAAAAGAUUCAUAGAAAGUUUGUCUAGGAACCAACUGUUGGACCAGCCAGCCAUUGUCAUCUAUGCCAUGAUUGGAAACGAUGUCUGCAGUGGGAAUAGGGACCCAGUCCCAGAAAUGACCACUCCUGAGAAACUGUACUCCAGCGUCAUGCAGACUCUGCAGCAUCUAAACUCCCACCUGCCCAACGGCAGCCACGUUAUUUUAUACGGCUUACCAGAUGGAACCUUUCUCUGGGAUAAUUUGCACAACAGAUAUCAUCCUCUCGGCCAGCUCAAUCAGGACGUGACCUACGCGCAUUUCUACUCCUUCCUCAACUGUCUCCAGGUCAGCCCUUGCCACGGCUGGAUGUCUUCCAACAAGACGCUCCGGACUCUCACUUCAGAGAGAGCAGAACAACUCUCUGCUACGCUGAAAAAAAUUGCAACCAGCAAGAAAUUUAUGAACUUCAAUCUUUUCUACGUGGAUUUUGACUUCCAAGAAAUCACGGAGGAGUGGCGGAAGAGAGGCGGCCAGCCCUGGCAGCUCAUCGAACCCGUUGAUGGAUUCCAUCCCAAUGAGGUGGCUUUACAGCUGGUGGCAGAUCACUUCUGGAAAAAGGUGCAGCUCCAGUGGCCCCAGAUCCUGGGAAAGGAGAACCCGUUCAACCCCCAGAUUGAGCAGGUGUUCGGAGACCAAGGGGGGCACUGAGUCCCGCGGGGGCACAUGCUCCCGGGGAGCUCAGGGAGACAGAAACUUGGGUAAAUGGAUCCAACAAACGGUCUUGGGGCUGCUGAGUCACAAACUCACAGGAACCUCUUUAGCAGCAUCUUUGCAAAAUGCUUUUCUCUCAUUUAAGAGCUUAUCUAAAUGACGGUGUGACUCUGUGUGCUUCUGGGAUCAGUCCCCCUCCAGCUGAACCUCAGAUAACCUUUAAUAGAGUGCUUUGAGUGCCAUUCCAAGCAGUAGGUUAUCUAUCUGUGCCUUUGAAUGACUAGUUGUUCCAAAAACAAAUAAGAAAUCUAGUGACAUUCAGCAACUUACCCAGGGUCUUGGCAUGCCAGGGAACUGGUCCUCCCUCUGUGGUUGACGUCUUAAAGAUGGCUCUUCCUCAGAAGACUGUUGGCUGGCUGCCAAGGACUCUCACACCAGAACACAAAACUGUAAACACAAAAUUAGGUGCAAACUUGAAUAUUUAUUUAGAAUGAGAAAAGAAAUCACAACAGCUUACAGUUUGUAAAAGCUGACAAAUACCAUACACCCCACAAAGUCAAGGGAAAACAUGACAAUUUUUCUUUAUUUAAAAGAUGUCCUUGCAUUCUUUGGCAGCAUAAUCUGAUCGCCUCUUCCUAUAACAAUGAUUUUGUGAUAUCCCUGUCUAUAGUUAGAACAGAAAAAUAAAAUUUGUUGCUUGCUUUUGAUAGCUUAGAAAAGUUACUUUCAGCUACAGAACUCAUUAUUGGUAAAGUCGUGUACAUUUUUAGGAUGGUUGGCAAACUAGGAAGACCUCUAUCAAAUUUCUUUUAUGUGGGACCUAUUAAAGACACACUCCCUAUUUGUGGUGCUGUUAAAGCGUUGCAUCCAUAUAAGCUCAGGAAUUCUGUUCAGUUCUACUGCACCAUAUUCUCACUGGUGUGUCACCCCCCGGCCCAUCUCUGAUCGCAGCAGGGGGCAAUAAAUACAGGCGCCAGCCUCUUCCUCUAGUGCUCAGUUUGGGAAAGUCUUCUGUGUGCUUCUAGGGGGUGUCAGCAGAAUCAGCCCCCUUCGCUCACAGGAGUGACUGCCUUAAAUGACUCUUCCUCCUUCCUUGUGUCACUCUUCUCACUUCCGUGUUCCAACUUUGGGGGCUGGUUUCCCAAAGAAACCACCUGCACCCAAAUCUCUGUCUCAAUAAAGACAAAAUUAUAAUGACGGUA